GAGGACUUUGAUGUUUUCUUCACCCCCUCCAACUAUGAGGAUCCAAACAUCAGAAAGCAGAUCCAGGAGCAUCACAUCACGGCCUAUGAGAACACGCAUGGCCGCCCUUCAUCCAAAGCCAAGGCUACGACCACUCCGGUUGUGGCGAAGGAUCCCGAUGGAAAGACCAAGACCAUUUCCACAGAGGCCGGUCUGCGUCGCCUGGGCCGGCAGCUGCAGCGCACCGAGCAGGAGCUGUGGUCCGACCUCGCCCUGCGCGCGCUGGGGGUCGGCAAGGUGCACAAGGCCCUCAAGAUCCUCAGUGAGCUGUAUGAGCACCACUAUAACACCAACACAGGGAAGGUUCUGUUCACCGCUGCCAGGACGUUAUGCCAGAUGCUGGAGGCGGACGUGCCCAUGGUGCUCCCUGACGACUCGGACCUGCCAAUGGUCAUCCAUGAUCUGGCCUGUCAGGCGAUCACUCUGUGCCACUCAG